AUGCGCAACAAGGUUGAGAUGGCUCCAAAUGCAUCUAGCGCCAAGAAAACGGCAUCAAAGAAGCCCAAGAAAACGCGCAAAGCGCUGCAUAUUGUUCCACCACGUAUGAAAUCACGUCGAAGGGCUCGUCAAGUGACUACAAACUUUCAUCGUUUGACGCAUGAACUCGAUCGACUCAAGAAACAAAAUGCUCUUGUAGACGAAGAGCAACAGCAACAACAUGGUGAGCGUAUUGCUGUAAUUAAGAAACAGUUGAAGGAUAUGGGAGGUCGUCAGGCGUACCAGGAUGCUAGUAUCUUAAGUACGAGCUUUCAUAGGACGUCCAAGUGGGUAUUUCAACUCCUCACGAGCUUUGAGAUGCGACCAAAGGCCAAGCAGUUGCCACUGCGAGUGCUCGAGGUUGGAGCCAUUAACGUGCAGCUGCUUUCAUGUCCAUGGUUGGAUGUUCGAGCUAUUGACCUAAACUCGAGACACAAAUGCAUUGAGCAGUGUGAUUUCUUUAGCCUUACACCCGCUCGAGAAUUUCAAGUUGUCGUGUCAAGUAUGGUCCUUAAUUGUGUCCCAGGAGCUACCAAACGCGGUGAAAUGCUGCGACUGUAUCGAGAACACUUGAAGGAAGGUGGAUUGCUGUUCUUGAUGCUGCCACUGCUGUGUCUGCGUCACUCACAGUUCAUGACAUAUGCACGGUUCAUUACGAUCCUUGAGGCUGUUGGCUUCCGAGUGCGUGAGACUAAAAAACUCGCCCAAGGUCGCCUUCUUUUGUUUAGAGCGGAUGGAAACGAUGAAUGUCACAGCUUCAUUUCCACAAAAGCUAUUGGUGCCUGGCGACAAGCGCAACGACUUCAGUGUCGUCAUCUAAAUAGUAAAAAGUGUGAUGUGCAGGACCUGCAUUUGUGUAUCUACGAGUCCGACUACUACGUGUUGUCUUCAUUUAUAGUAUCUUUAAAGUAA